UAUGAGUAAUACUUUAUAAUCAUAUGAAAAUACCUGCCAUCAAUAUGAGCAGGAUCAGAUGUAGUUUAAGAGAAGGAAGGACAUGAACCUUAAGGAUGAGUAUUCCAUUAAAGAAAAGUAAAGGGGAGUCUUUGAUUUUGAUGAAACAAGCCAAAAAGAAAAUUAAACGUAUAAAGCAUUCAGUUUUAGAUAGAUAAAUGUCUUAGAUGAAAAAAAACUAGACGAAGUAUAUUGUCAAGAUGCAAAAUUUGAAUCUAAUUAAUAGUUAUGAUCAUAAUGUAAGAGUGCUGGAUCUUUCAAAUUCCAAAAUGACUUCUUUAAAUGAAGGAAUAUAACAAUACAUUCGUUUAUCGAUUAUCAACUUAGCCAAUAAUCUCUUCCAAGAAGUACCUAAUUGUUUAUUUGAAUUAUCUCUAUCACAUAUCAAUCUCAAUAAUAAUCUAUUAAAGAGUCUCAAAUUGGGGGAUAAGUGGAAAACUUCAUUAGAGAGAUUGGAUGUUGGCAAAAAUCAUAUACGAAUUUUACCAGAUGAAUUAUUUCAAAUGGAACAACUUAAAAUUGUUGAUUUAAGAAGCAAUGAUUUUACAAAGAUACCAAAAUCAAUAUUGAAUUUAGAGAAGUAACUCAAAGGACUUGGUUUAGAUUGGAUUAAGUACACGAAUCUAAACUACUAUUCAUCCAGUAAUAAACAUUUAUAUUACAAUAUUAGAGAAAGACAUGAUGAUAGCAGAUGAUCUCUAAAGAUUUUGGGAAUAAAUAAAUCAACUCCUUAAAGAUGAUGAAUUUAUAAUUUGCCACGAUUACCUGAUAUUCAAUCAAAAAUAUCAUGAUGAUCAAAUUCAAGAUUCAAUUACUGUACAAAUCCCAAAAUAGUCCAACAUAACUAGAGCCACUUAAAGAAACACUGAAUUAACCCUCUAAGAAUUUUCAACCAGUUGCCAAUUCAUCUAGACCAAAACCCUAGGAUAAGACGCAGAGGUCUCUGACAAUGGGUCCAAUCUAAUGCAUAUUGCAGUUGAGAAUGAAGACAUAGGGAUUGUGAGAGCCCUUCUCAAUAUAAGAUUCGAACUAUCCUCUUAAUUGGAUGAUGCCUCUCAUACUCCACUUUCAUUAGCGAUCAAAGAAGAAAAAUACCACUGCGCCAAAAUAAUAAUAAAUGCAUCUACAAAUCUAAAUAUAGGAGGGUAAUACAUGUGAUUUAUUUUAAAAGAGGAGAAUACAAUAGUGUUCUUAACUAAGCUGUGAGUAAAAUGCAAUACUACUUAAUCAGAGACAUUCUAAAUGCCAAAGUCUAAAUUAAUAAGUAAGAUAAAAAAGGUAAUGGGCCUAUGCAUAAUUUGAUUCCAUCUUUUAAAAAGAACCUGCAGGAAGCCACAAAAAUUGGACAGUUGUUGAUCGAAAGAGGUGUUGACUCUAAUCAAAGAAAUAUCAAUAAUAACACGCCUUUGCAUUUGGCCAUCAAAAAGUCUUCCUAUUCUGCAUUGCGUUUUGCGAUAUCAAUAAACGAAUAGUACUAACGAGAUGUUUUUUCAUUCAAAUUACUGGGUCACAAAGACAAUUCCGGUAUUAAUAUUAGCACUAUAUAGUGAUGCAUUUUGCUGCCAAGAGUGAAAAUAUUAAAAUUAUUUUAUAGCUUUACUCUAUCAACCCUUACUUGCUAUUUACUUAUAAUGAAGAACAAAAAAGACCGUUUGAUAUUAUCCAAAAGAAUUAUACCUUAAGCAAACUAAUUUCAGUUUUAGAACUCAUCUUUAUAAGGAAUCACAUUCUUAGAUAGCAUUAAGACUAACAGAGCUCAUCUAUGGUGUAGCCUUUCAAGAAGGAAGAAAAAGAUCAGAUGAAAUAAAAGGAAUAAGCUAUUGAGAUUUCGAAGAAAAACAGUUUCGAUUUAAUCGAAUCUGAUGAAGAAGGUACAAACAGAAUUGGACUCAAGAAUUUUCAAAUAUUACCGAAUUUAAAAAGACAGUAAUCUUAGCCUCCGAAACGACCGAGCUUUAAGAAGGAAAACAAGGUGUCCUGUGAAAAUGUUGGGCCGAUAUUCAUUCAUAAAUCUAUUUAAUAGGAUCGAAACGAUAUUAAACAAAUAGAAUUGUAGAAUUAGCAAAACAAUAGCAAAUAUAAUAAAAAUAAAUUUAUUAAUAAGUAGAUCCAUAAAUUAUUAAAGGAUAUAGAAAAUAUUCAAAGUUUAAUGUAGACAUAGUAAGAUUAAUACUCUUAAAUUGCUUUGGAAAAAAUAUUUAAUGCUUAAAUUCAAUAAUUAAAUUAUUUCAAGGAGGAUCCUCUCACAAAUUUAAUGAUUCAAAAUGCAACUUAAUUGUAGAAACUUUAGUUUGAAUCUAAGCAAACAGCAAGCCUUUCUUAUGAUACUUCUCCGUUAUUCUUAGAAUAUGAAUAAUUUAUGAAGCUAUGA